AUGUCCAUAACAGAAUCUUCAGAAUCGGCUUUCACUGAGGAAGAAGACUCCUUCAACACUCGUUACUCGUUAUGGAUCAAAGAAGCUCUAGACGAGCUCCCUCACAGUUUCACGAUCACCGACCCGUUUAUCUCGGGCCACCCGAUCGUUUUCGCCAGCCCGGGGUUCCUGAAAAUGUCCGGGUACUCGCGGGAAGAAGUCAUCGGAAGAAACGGGAGGGCUUUUCAGGGGCCUAAGACCAAUCGGAGAUCGAUCAUGGAGAUUCGCGAGGCGAUUCGCGAGGAGAGGCCGAUUCAAUUGAGCCUUUUGAAUUACCGGAAAUCGGGAUCUCCGUUUUGGAUGCUGUUUCAUAUGAGUCCGGUUUUCGCGAAAACCGACGGGAAAGUGAUCCAUUUCGUGGCGGUUCAGGUUCCGAUCUCGGGGCGAGGACAUCACCGGAAGGUGAGAAACGGGUCGGGUCUGACCGGAGAUGUGUCGGAUCGUUCCGAAUUGGUGUUUGGUUCGUGUCGAAGAGAGGUUCGUUUGGGUAAUUUCGUGCAUCAGAGUCGAGCUCUACCAGUGGAAUGUGAUGAACAAGGAUUAGAGAAAUGGGAACACUGUGAAGCGAGUGAGUCUGAGAAGCUGAGAGCUGGAGAAGCAAUUAACAGUGUGUUGUCUAUUUUGAUGCGUUACAGCGAGUUGAGUGGAAGAUUAGUCUGUGGAAAGAGGCAUUGCUUGCGUGGUGCGGAGUGUUUAAGCUCGUCGUUGGUUAUUUCUCUCGGUAGAAUCAAACAAAGUUUCGUAUUGACCAAUCCAUGUUUACCUGACAUGCCUAUUGUUUACGCGAGUGAUGCCUUUUUGACAUUGACUGGGUACAAGAGACAAGAAGUGUUGGGACAAAACUGUAGAUUUCUGAGUGGGGUUGAUACAGAUUCCUCUGUUCUAUACGAGAUGAAAGAUUGCAUUUUAAAGGGACAAUCAUGCACAGUUCAAAUAUUAAACUACAGAAAAGAUAAGAGCACAUUCUGGAAUCUUCUUCACAUAUCACCAGUUCGUAAUGCUUCAGGCAAGACAGCAUAUUUUGUGGGUGUUCAGGUGGAAGCCAGUUGCAGAGGUACUGAAAGUAAAGAAGUGAGACCAGAGACAAGGCAGCUGAGUGUGGUCGGUGCGGUUAGAGUUGCGGUCAGGAGCUCAUUCAUGGUAACAUGCUAA